UUCAGAUAACUCGAUGGCUUCUCCCUAUAUGGGCAAUGGCAGCCUUAUUUGCGAUCGAAGACAACAGUUUUUCACACGAGUCUGUCGCAUCUCUUGUGGUCAGGACUCCUUCGGUAUGUUUUGGUUGAAUUUCAUAUUCAGUAGUGCUUGUAUAGUAAAGUAUAUUUUCUGAGUUAUAUUUAGUGCUUGUUUAGUUCAGUUGAUGUUUUCUUUAGUAAUUCUGUACUAAUAAUGGAUUAAGACAUACUGCUAUCGACUAUAAAUGAAGUUUAGCUUUAUGUCUCCUCCUAUAGUAACACUGGAUCAAUAAAAUAUGAUCCUUACUAGACCUCUAGGGAGAACAGUUUAGAACUGAUAGAGCUAUCCAGUAGAAAUAAAGUUAGUUUAGUUUAGGUUUCCUCCUGUAGUAACACUGGAUCAAUAAGAGAUGAUCCUUACUAGACCUCUAGGGAGAACAGUUUAGAACUGAUAGAGGAAUUCAGUACAAAUAAAGUUGGUUUAGUUUACGUUUCCUCCUGUAGUGACACUGGACCAACAAGAAAUGAACUUUACUAGACCUCUAGGAAGAACAGUUUAGAACUGAUAGAGCUACCCAGUAUAAAUGAAGUUAGUUUAGUUUAGUUUAGGUUUCCUCCCGUAUUAACACUGGAUCAAUAAAUAAAGACAUUUACUAGAUUUCUAGGAAAAACAGUUUAGAACUGAAAGCUAUCCAGUAUAAAUAAAGUUAGUUUAGUUUAGGUUACUUCCUGUAGUAACACUGGGUCAAUAAGAGAUGACUCUUACUGGACCUCUAGGAAGAACAGUUUAGAACUCAAAGCUAUCCAGUAUAAAUAAAGUUAGUUUUGUUUAGGUUUGCUCCUGUAGUAACACUGGAUCAAUAAGAGAUGAUCCUUACUGGAUCUCUAGGGAGAACAGUUUAGAACUGAUAGAACUAUCCAGUAUAAAUAAAGUUAGUUUUGUUUAGGUUUCCUCCUGUAGUAACACUGGAUCAAUAUAAAGGAUGAUCCUUGCUGAACCUCUAGGGAGGACAGUUUAGCACUGCUAGUGCGAGCAAACGAAGUGUAAUAAUACAAAAUCGAGUUUUCUCAUUCAUAAUUUCUAAUUCAGGGUUUCAGGUCGCGCUUUUACCCUCACACCAGCGAACAGAGCCAGUUCGACCAAUCAGGGGAGAGUACUGCCACCAGUAGCCAAUCAAAACGACUUCUGUUGCCGCCAUUUCUGAGAACUGCAGGGAAAUAUGGCAGUGUUAACCAACCAGCAACACCUUUUCAAAAUUCUGGACAGUUUGAUGAAAUCCCAACGUCGUAAAGGUACGCCGUAAUGUAAGUUUAUAAUGGCGGGGUAUGGAUGUUGGUGCCUUUUAAACACUGUAUAUAUGGUGCUAUUUUAUAACAGUGAAUGUGUGGCAAAACGGCUUUGUGAAGCUACUGUCCACACGUGAAACGCACGUGACGUUAUAACCAGUAGACCUUAUGCAUAAUGACGUCACAAGGCUUGAUGCCCGCGAGGAAUACUGGUCUUAGUAGUCAUCGCCCGGGAAAAUUUCGAUAGUGGCCAUUUUGAAUUGUUUAAUUUUCCUGGGCGAUAACUACUAAGACCAGCAUUCCUCGCGGGCAUCAAGCCUUGUGACGUCAUUAUGCAUAAGGUCUAUUUUGCACCUGAGGUACACACGUAAAAACGCACAAGUUGUAACAAACCUGCAGCAGACUUGUAGCAAUGCUGUUCCAACAACUUAUGAACAGGAUGUGUUCGCACUGCUUGUUCCCAGCUUGUUGACAAGUUGUCAACGACUUGUUGACAACUUGCUACAAGAUUGUUGAUUCGUCAUGAUUCGUCACUCAGAAAGUACCGUAAACAGAAGCAGUCACCCCCCUGGACGUGCGCCAUUUUGAGUAUUUCCAGGGGGGCUGCUUCUGUUUACGGUACUUGCUGAGUGACGAAUCAUGCGUUACGCAAAAAACAAUGGAGGUGGACUUCUGUAUAGUAUUCUGUGACUUCAGUAUGAGAAACCCGUUUCUCGCUUAUUUCGUAAACUCAGACAGCGAGAAACUCAAAAUAAAGACAUGAGUGCUGUCCAGUCUACUAGAGAUCUUCAGCUACUCGUCCCUAUACAGUACUAGCAAUGCAAAGUCAUAUCAAAUUGAACAUAAAAUGACGAUUCGACUUAAAUAAUAAUAUUUAAUUACACAUUCAAAGAUAAUUUCUAAAUUUACUGCAUUCAAAAAUAUCUCUUUGGCGUACAUUGUCAUUAAAUACUAUAUGUCCAAUUUAUAGGGUCGGCACGAAGCUCUAGGAAGAUGUUCUGUGAUUGGUUGAUUAUGACAAUGACAAAAGAAUAAGCAAUAGAAUGGGUUUUCUAAAGAACGAAGCAAGAACAAAAUUCCUUUUGUUUAUGUAAUGCCAUUACGUCUUUUGUCAUUAUCAACCAGUCACAGACCAUCUUCCCAGAGCUUCGUGUUUACUGGUGUCAUAGGUGCAUGAAUCAUACAUAUUUAUACAUUUUUUAUAUGCCGUACAGUACGUACGUCAAUAGAUAUGAAAUAUAUAGUAUAUGUAUUGAUUUAAUGGAUUUUACAAUCGAAUUUGCCUCCUUAUUUUUUUAGGACAAUGUAUAACAUAAUAAUAAAACAGACAGUUAUAUGUUCAUUUUUUCAUUCACUAAUAAUUUAUUUACAUAAAACACAUGAAAAUUACUAAAUGCAGUAUUUCUAUUUCACGCGCAUAAUAACCCUAUACGAUUGUAUAUGUGUAAUAAUUAAGCACAAUAUUAUCUAUCCCAUAUUAAUUCCACUAUGGAUCUAGGAAUUUUACUAUAAGUAAUUUUAUGAUAUUUCCCACACAUGUUUCUAAGAUUCUUGUCUUUGAACCGUAUCGUCUGACUUUAUUUACACUAAGCGAAAGGAGACGCCAUUGGAACAACGUAUAUGGCCGUGUCAAUUAAAUAUAGAUCAAUGGGGGAUUCCAGCUGUAGACUAAAUUUUGAUCAAGGCAACAGAAGAACGAAAUCCAACACCACAGCUAGAUAGAGCGUCUUAGAAUGAGUAAAACUGCAACGAUUGGUUGCUAUAAGUGUUGUAAAAUGAAGAAAAUAUAGCGCUGUGCAAAUUUUGUAAAUAUUUGUAUUACCCAAAUAUGAAUAUAUGUAUUUAUAAAAAAAAAACACUUUCGGCUCAAAAUUGAUAUACAGAAUUUGCAAACUUCACAGGGCUAUAUUUUACUCAUUUUACCACAAUUGACCAUUUGCGUAAUAGACUAAAUUUUGAUCUCAACAAAAACUUCAUUACAGCUUGAAAGAGCAUCACAAAAUUAGUAAUAUUCCAAAGUUUCGUUGCAAAAUGUUGUAAAAUAUAGCCUUGCGAAAUUUGCAAUUUUCAGUCAUUUUAGAUUACAAACCGGAAAUUGACAGCCUCGAAGGGUUUGGGGCUGUCAAUUUCCCGUUUGUAAUACAAAAUGACUGAAAAUUGAAAAAUUUCGCAAGGCUAUAUUUUCCGCAUUUUACAACAUUUCGCAACGAAACUUUGGAAUAUUACUAAUUUUGUGAUGCUCCUUCAAGUUGUGAUGAAAUGUUUGUCUAGACUUGUUUAGUUCAAAAUUUAGUCUAUUGCGCAAAUGGUCAAUUCGCAAGCAAACUUUGCAGUUGUACUAAUUUUAAGAUGCUCUUUCCAGCUAUGGUAAUGGAUUUCGUUCUUCUUGUAUUAAGAUGCUCUUUCCAGCUAUGGUAAUGGAUUUCGUUCUUCUUGGCUAGAUCAAAAUUUCGUCUUUUCCUGGAAUCAUUCAUUGCUUUUUUGAAACGAUUUUUGCCUGAGCAAAAUGUUUAACCUUAUAUUAUACCUCAAAUUUAAAUUGUCCAAUCAGGAAGCUAGAUUUGUACCACGUGAGCAUGAAAUUUAUCAUCGUAUCGCGCUUACGUCAUUCGUAUUUGGUGCAGCAGGAAAUUUCAGUCAUAUUCACCGGUGAAUAUGAGUCAAAUUCACCGGUGAAUAUGAUUCGCAUAGACCACGCGAGACAACACGCAUGACAACAACAUGGCCGACAAAGUAUAAAUAGUAUUGAUGAGUGAUGAAUAAUCUGGGUAAAUGACUGUAAAACCUGGGGCUUUUUCAAAAUUUUGGAAUAAAUUUUGAAAAAUGUUGUCAUUAAUAUUCCAAACGAUAUCUGAUUCGAAAGAAAAGCGACGAUACUUGCGUUAAUCCGAAACUAAACCAUCGUAUUCACGAAGGUAUGUGUCAAGUUUUUAUUUCUCAACUUGGAGGCUUUUAAUUUUCGGUAUAAUAUAUCAUUUAUAUAGACCCUCCGCUCGGGGGAUUCGGCGAAAUAUUUCCCGAAGUGAUGAUAUUUCCUUCGGGAAAUAUUUCGCCGAAUCCCCCUCGCUCCGGGUCUAUAAAUGAUAAAAGUACCUUAACUAAUUUAAUUUAUAUUACCAAUGCCGUGCAAAUGAAUGAAAAUAUCCUGAGGAACGAGAAUAUUUCCCUAGACCUCUUGUAUCUUAUGCCAUUUUGCAAUAGGUCGACGGGGAUUGUUCAUCAUUUCCGUCCAAUGUUGUAGUGACGCGCCUGACGAUCUAUAACUCAAAGUCACUUGACCAAUCGCUUCAUUUUGCGUGAUCCUGUCGUAAUCCAUGACGAUGAAAUUGAAGCUAGUGUCUCGCAGUUUCUCUACUGUCACAUUGAAGAUGAAGGAUUCAUUCCAAACUGGAUCUCGGAUGCGUUUCUUGAUCGUCGUUUUCUUCUUCUCAAUACGUUUCCCUCCUUGCAUGAAGUAGAUUUUUACGUACGGAUCUG